ACACGUUCUGAUUACGUCACCGGGAACAGGAAAAGAACAAAAUGGAGGAGUACGCGAGGGAACCGUGCCCCUGGAGGAUAGUGGAUGACUGUGGGGGCGCCUUCACUAUGGGGGCCAUUGGUGGAGGGAUCUUUCAGGCCGUCAAAGGCUUUAGAAACUCUCCAGUUGGAAUGAAUCACAGACUAAGGGGAAGUUUGACAGCCAUAAGGACAAGGGCUCCACAACUUGGAGGGAGUUUUGCUGUGUGGGGUGGGCUCUUCUCCAUGAUUGACUGUGGGCUGGUGAAGGUGAGGGGCAAAGAGGACCCCUGGAACUCAAUCACAAGUGGAGCCAUGACAGGAGCGAUUUUAGCAGCAAGAAAUGGGCCUGUGGCCAUGGUUGGCUCUGCAGCAAUGGGAGGUAUACUGCUUGCAUUAAUAGAAGGUGCAGGAAUUCUGCUCACAAGGUUUGCCUCAUCACAAUUCCCAACUGGCCCACAGUUUGCAGAGGAGCCCGCUCCCAUGCCUGCGUCUUCAUUUGGAGACCAUAGACAGUAUCAAUGAAAAGCCUUUUGAAACUCAAGGCCUUUUCUUAUUCCAUGAACUCAAGUUAAAAGUUACAGUGAGGACUUCAUCAGAGCAUGCAUAAAUGCCACCAACCAUGAAUGACUGUGAAGAGAGAAUACUCCUGUCCAUGCAUUUGUCUCCAGUAUGCCUUUUGCUGUUCUCAGCUUUGCCAUUCACCUCGGGGUCACCGUAUUUAAGUUAAAGGUUGUUUUGAUCAAUGUGUCCUCAUUUCUUCUUUCUCCGAUUGCUCUGUAUGACCUUAUUUUGAUGCUGACAAAAAAGAAAUAUUUGAUAACAUGAGCAGUUGGUAUUCUGUUUAGGUCAUGCUAGGUUGUUCAAGUUGAGCCCCUUUCAAUUGGCUGUAUAAAGUGUGUGUAUAAAGUGUUUGUGUGAAUGGGUUAUAACCGUUGUGUGCGUGUACAGAAGAGUUUAUUAUAUGCCUGUGAACUGAAUAUUUGAAAUUAAUGUAAACUUUCUCCUGGGCUUCGUCAAGAUCUUAUUCAUAGUGGAGUUUUUAACUGAUGGCACCUUGCUAAACCUUCACUUGUAGAGUUUAUUCUGUGAAAAUUAACUUUUAGAAGUAGCUAUUUAUUUUCUAGGAAGAACUUGUUUGUUUCAAGAGAACGUAUUGUUCUCCAGUUAAUAUAGGAGGUUUGUCAGCAAAGGAUGCGUUAGAGGGAGCCAGAUGAAUGGAAAGAAUCGAGCAUCUCUUCUGUUGGCUGUGUGAGCCAAAUUGAGCUGAGAAGCAUCGCAAAUAAACUACUGUUAUUGCUUCUGUGGA